GACUUCUGUUGUUGACUUCGGAUUCUGGUUGCCAAGCAGGCAGGCGCUUCUGAGCACGAAGACACCGGAAACGACGAAAUACUGCAGCCAUUUUGCAGCAAUAUCAGGACAGCAGGACUGGGCCAGCGGUCUCCGGACAGAGCGUCAACUCAGAGCGAAAUAACACAGAAUUAUGGCGGGGACGACGACACAUAUUACCAUUCAGAAAGGUCAAAAAUUCCCUCAGUUGGAGAGAUGCACAAAAUGCUGCCACAAAUUCCAUUGUCCCUUUUGUAUGGCCAGUAUAUUUAAGCCCUGCAGACCGGACAAAGUCAAACUACACUUGAAAAGCCACCGUAACAAAGCAGUUGUCCAUGGAGAUUUCACUAUUCACAGAUGUGGACUGGGCUGUAGAGCAUCACUCCAUUACCACUGUAUGUACUGUCCAACAACAAUUCUCAGAAGAGGCGAUUUUAAAAACCAUUUACAAGUCUGUAAACAUAAUCCAAACUCAGAAUCAGUCACAAAAAUGCUGUCAAGCACCAGUACGCCAGUGACUGCUCUGACAGUUAUAAACACACCAUCAAUCAUCGAUACAGCACAGACCGAUCCUUCAGUCAACUACACACCGUCAACCACCAGUACAGGUAUGACUGCUCUGACAAUCACCGACUCGCCUUCAACCACCGCGACAGGAAAGUUUCGCACGCGGCCUGUUAUUAAAAAAAGAUGCCCAUCGUGCAAUGUGCUCAUCAAUAAAAACAACCUACUAAAACAUAUGGAGCGCAGACACACAGAUCAUUCAGAAUUAGACAUCGGUGAGACAUUUCAGCUUACAAGCCAAUGUGUAGAUGAGACAAAUGGGAUAUUUGCAGUUCUCAAAGUCGUAAAAGGCCACGGCGUUCCGCUUCACGUACAAUGCCAGACAUUGGGCGAAAACAACAGAGUCCUCUGCGAAUCGAACGAGUGCCAGAUUAACACAGAUGUCGCGCAGAGGAGCGGCAUCACAUCGUACCAGUGCAUGCAUAUUAGUGCAGCGAGCUUUUGCAAGUCUGUGGUUGAACAAGUCUCCCUGGAGGAAGUCGUUUUAACGGAGAUGGUGAGAGGAAAAUGGUUCAGCGUGAAAAAGAAAAAAGAAUGCCUCGCUCUGCAGCAGCUUGCCAAUAGUAGCUGCGUACCGCUUUCUGUUCACACCUCGAUUGGGAUCUCGUCAGCAAAAAAGUUCAUUUCUGUUUUUGAGCCCAAUGUGACGUCUUAUAGUCGUUUGGGUCGUGUCAUGGUUGUUUAUAACACAGAACUGGACUCUUGGCACUGUCCUUGCACCAAACUACGACGUUCAUGUCUGCACAAAUAUGUCGCCAAAUGGCAUUUGUUUCAAACGCAGCGUGAGCUUUUCAGGACUGACGGAUCGCCAUAUAAGCCGCAUUCAGAAGAGGAGGACAUCGCUGACAACAGUCAUGUGUAUCCCCCGAAAGGUCUGGGACUGGAAUAUAUUGUGAAUUACAUUCUUCAGAACAAGAAGAUACCUGCCGUUCUUCCAGAAGAUAUGCGGGUACCAUCGCCACUCAAGGAUUACCCACAAAACCUUUGUCCAAAUGAAACCGUGUGUCAGGAAUGUCCAGAGGAUGUGCUCCUCAGCGAUCCUAUGCUAGUUACACAGAACGCCAAAAUCCUGACCAAUUGGUGCAUCAUUAAAGAUGUCGCCACCUACUGUAAGCAGUGCCCGCAGUGUGGGAUGUUUUAUCGUUACCAAGAGUGGAAAGAUCGCCUCCAUAACUUCAAUGAUCACAUCAUCCUUGACAUAUCUUUAUGUUUAACCUUGAGAAACCUUCUGCAGGUAAUCUUCAGUCUGAUUAUAUACUGA